UCGAUGCAACACAAGUGAAAAAAUUGUUAUUAGAUUUAACUUUUUGUUAUAUUUUAUGCUGAUUAGUGCCGCGGGUCUGUAUAUGUUAGAGCGAUAAGAUAGAAACGGGACCCGGGAUAUCCCUCGGAUAUUCGUCGACACGGGAUAGUUUCUCUGGACCGUAAUCGCAAUCUUUACGAUGUUUAUGAUAGUUAUCGGAGUAUUCAAGUGGCAUGCGUGCAUCGACUCGGCAAGCCUAAAAUCUUUUUCAGUCUUUCUUGAUUCUUCUAACGUGUAGUCAGUAUUCAAAAACCGUCAACGUUUUCAUAGAGACACAAUUAGCAGUAGAAAAUUUUGUCAGUUUUGUCGAUACCUUUUUGAAAAAAUUAUACCCUGUUACGAACAUGGAUGACGCAGGAUUAGUGCGAAUUAUUGACGAGUUAUGUAUAACUGAAGAACAUGGUGACAGUGAUGAGGAUGAGCAAUUAUUUGCGCCAAGCCGUCGGUGUGAUCGCAGAAUAUAUAGCGACAGUGAGUCUAGCGAAAAAGAAUCGCAAGAUGAAGAUAACAAGAGUGAUAGUGACGAAUCUCUAACGAAUUUCAGGGAAGUAAAUGUGGAAAACGAUAUCCAAUAUAACCCGCGCCCACUAUUUUUGGAAAUGACUGGCCCUAAACAUAUGCCACCGAACAUAUCGAAACCAAUAGAGUAUUUCAAUUUAUUUUUCACACUACAAUUUCUGGACAUGUUGAGAAUUGAAACAAAUCGGUAUGCACAACAGUUUUUCGAGAAUGCUGGAGCAGCAAAUACAUCCACAACACUGACCUGGAAGAAAACAACAAUCAAAGAGUUGAGAGCAUUUAUAGCCGUUUUACUCGAAAUGGGAAUAACCCGUAGGCCAACAAUUUUUAGCUACUGGUCACAAAAUCAUCGAUACAUCCCAUGGUUUGGCCAAAUGUUUAGCCGGAAUAGAUUCCAGUUGCUUUGUAAAUUUUUUCAUACCGUGGACAAUAGCACAUUACCAGCACGAGAUAACAGUGAAUACGACUCAACAGCAAAGUUUGAACCUGUCGUUGCUCAUGCAAAUAGAAAAUUCAAAUUUCAUUAUUCACCACACCAGCACUUGAGCGUGGACGAAUCAUUAGUAAGAACAAAAAGCAGAUCAGCACUUACCCAGUAUUUGCCAAAUAAGAAGCACCACAAAUGGGGCAUAAAAUUUUGGAUGCUAGCCGAUGGGAUCUCCCAUUAUUGUCUGUUAUUCUUUUGCUAUCGGGGAGCCAAGGACCAACGGGACAAGAGAGAAAUAAAAGAAAAAGGCCUCGCUCAAGUAGUAAUAGAUAAUUUACUCAGUAUGAGUAACUACUUUAUUAAAGGAUACCACAUAACUGUCGACAAUUUUUUUACCAGCAUUGCCUUAGCAAGAUCUCUGUUUGAGAAAAAUACAUUUUUAUCUGGAACAAUACGCAGUAAUAGAAAACAUAUUCCAUCGCAGCUCAAAUCAAAAUUGGAAGUGGGCGAAUAUAAGUACCAAAGAAAUCGGGAAAUACUUCUAUUAGCGUACAGAGAAAAGAAGUCACAGAAAAAAAAUGUACUACUGUUAUCAACGCAUGGAACAGCCGCAAAUAAAACGAUUGUAAUUCGAAGACGGAAUCAGGAACGGGAAGUUCAAAAACCAGCACUCAUCCACGACUACAAUAAAUAUAUGGGAGGCAUUGAUGUCUCAGAUAUGAUGAUCUACUCAUAUUUGGAUGAAAGGAGAACAGUGAAAUACUGGAAGAAAGUGGUAUUUUCCAUUUUUGCUCGCAUGGUCUUGAAUGCAUACAUAUUAUACCAACACAACAGAGAAGGAAAGCUUAUGACUCGACUCGAAUUUAUAACCAGUAUCAUUCAGUCGAUCUCAACAGAAUGGAUGGCGGAAAAAAACAUGAAUCCAGAAAGUUCAUUGGGUCACACAUCGAGGGAUUCAACAGUCCCAGGUAUCCGCAAACUUCCUGGAAGAAGGGAAAAAGUUUGCGUAGUUUGCAGUAGGGUGGAUGGUGGGCCAGUGCGAAGAUUGCGCACAAUUUGUAAUAAUUGCAAUAAAGGGUUGCAUGGUAUAUGCAUUAGUAAGCAUCAAUGCUAAUAAAUUGCUUGUUGACGUAUUACCAGCCGCACGAUCCACUUGUGUAGUAGAUCUGUCUGACGCUUGCCGUGCAUCAUAGCGUUAUCCUUCCGUUUUGUUAUCCGACUUCUGCUAUUGUAUUGCAAAUGAUUGCAAAAUGCAAUGUCUAUGUUCUAGCCCUGGAAAAGGCUAGAUUCCUUGUCAUUUGUUGCUUUCGUAAUACGCGCUCGGUAACAGUCAGCGAGUAUUGAAAUGUGGCGACUAAUCAUUUCGACACAUUAGGUCAUCGGUUCGAGAUGCGCUCGAAAUGUAGAGCAUGUCGAAACGGCGACUAACAUAAUUAAGGCAUUUCGAGAUGCAUACGAAGACCAGAACAUGUCGAAAUGAUUAAAGAAAAUUAGGAUGCUGACUCUUUAGCUUUUCGGCUAUAAAGCUUGGCCAUCGGGGCCUGUACGUCAGUUCGGUUUUUCGUCUCUUAACUCGCGACUCUGUCCGAGUUCUCAUCCGUUUCAAAGCAUCGUUCAGCCGAUUCCCUGAA